UGAAAGAAGAACCUGUGGCCGCCGCCCUGGUACGAAUCAGCGACCCAGACUCAGCGAACAGAACAUGGCGACAACUCACCUGCAGAUAUCCUCCAGCAGAUCCGACGGUCUCGAUGCCCUCAACUCCGGCCUGCGAUGUGAUACGAUGAGCCGUGGAACGCGCAGCCCAAGACUAGAUGGGCACGCACCCCAAUGGUCACUGCACUGUAAGUGACUCCAGAGCUUCCG